GGCAGUGCAAAUAUGGCGGCGCUCAUGAUGAGGGUUGGCCCUGGUUCUUUCGGGUCUGUUCGGGUUCAUCUUCCUGCUCUACGCUCCGCGGCUGCUACCAUACUUAGAGCCAUUAGUGUGUCUGCGACCCAGCCGCUCCCAGAGAGAGUGAAGAUUGUGGAGGUUGGACCUCGCGAUGGACUGCAGAAUGAGAAGAUCAUCGUUCCCACUGAAGUAAAGAUCUGUCUGAUUGACAUGCUCUCUGAGGCUGGACUUCCUGUCAUUGAGGCUACAAGCUUUGUUUCGCCAAAGUGGGUUCCUCAGAUGGCUGAUCAGGAGGAAGUGAUGCGUGGGCUCCGCAAGAAACCUGGUGUGAAUUACCCUGUUCUGACUCCUAAUUUGAAGGGCUUCCAGGCUGCUAUGAAGGCUGGUGCAAAAGAGGUGGCAAUAUUUGGUGCUGCAUCAGAGCUCUUCAGUAAGAAGAACAUAAACUGUUCAGUGGAGGAGAGUCUUGCUCGAUUUGAGGAAGUGAUGAAAGCUGCCAAACAAGAGGGAGUUCCUGUGAGAGGCUAUGUGUCAUGUGUGUUAGGUUGUCCAUAUGAAGGUAAGGUAUCCCCCAACAAAGUAGCAGAGGUUGCUAAGCGGCUGUACUCUAUGGGUUGCUAUGAGAUUUCACUUGGAGAUACUAUUGGAGUGGGCACUCCGGGUGGUAUGACAGAGAUGUUGAAUGCUGUGAAGAAAGAGGUUCCAGUGGAGGCUUUAGCUGUUCAUUGCCAUGACACUUACGGACAAGCACUCGCAAACAUACUUGUAGCAUUACAGAAUGGGAUAAGUGUUGUGGACUGUUCUGUUGCGGGGCUGGGUGGCUGCCCUUAUGCCCAAGGGGCUUCUGGGAAUGUUGCAACCGAGGAUGUGGUCUAUAUGCUGCAUGGACUGGGAAUCCAUACUGGAGUGGAGCUACCCAAACUGUUGGAUGCUGGCUCUUACAUCUGUCACUCACUCAACAGAAGGACAAAUUCAAAAGUAGCUCAGGCCUCCUGCAAACUCUGAAAAGACUAGAUUUGUCUCUGAUCUUGCCUGGUUAUUUGACCUCAUAUGCUACAUUUGAUAUCUAUCAUGUGUAUGUAUGUUUCUUAUAAAUUAAUUAAUUGUUUAUAUGUACUGCUGAAAUGAGAUGAUUGUAUAAUGGACUAAGGGAGUUGUUCCCUAACCCUUGGUGUUUGUACUUAACAACGUUUGUAAUUUAGCUCGCUUGAAAUAUGUAAAAAUAUUUUCUUAAAUGUACAAUUUAAUUCACCACAUAAUUGCAUUUUGUUUUGUGCAGAACAAAAUAGGCUUUUUUCUUUUCACAAUCACUGCUUCAUUCAUCAGAUGUGCAUUUUAAUAUUUCGUUUUCAAAAUUUGCUCUGUGGGUUGAGAUUAAAGCUUCCAGGAUCAGUGAAGACAGCAGAGAUCCUGUGUAUGGUCCUGCUAAUGACAACAUUAUUAAAGGUGCAAUAUGUAAUAUAUUUACUGUACUAAAGCAUAAAAUUAUCAUAAUAUGUUAUCAGAGAUUUAGGAAACAUGCCAAGUUGAAAUACUGGCUUCUCUGAAUUUUUUUUUACAGCCACUGUAUUUUACUUUAAAAUGUCUGUUCUGGGCUGGAAUUUCUGUUUGUGUUUUGGCCUGUGUGAUCCCACCCACUGCCCAUUUCCCAAUAGUCUUUCGGCACUCUAGGUUGCCAAAUUUGAAAUAAGUUAGUGGGCAAACACAGUGCGCUGCAGCCUUGAAAGCCAGCUAUUCAUCUAGCUAACAUUGACAGAGUUAUAAAAGAAAAUCCAUAUGAGCUGGUUUGUAAUUAGCAAACAAUCAACAUUUGAAUGUAAACAUUAGCUGAUCAACUUGCAGUGUAAGGCUUGCCAUUGUCAGUUUACUUGUUCCUGUUGCGUGUUCUCAACCUGGCAAUCCACGUGAGCUUUGAGUCUGGGAACUAGAGGGCAGGGAGACAGUUCUCACCAAUAUUUUGAAUUUGGACUGCAGUCAAGAUUUUAAAUGAUUGAUGUUAAAGUUACAUAUUGCUCAUUUAAUUGUAUAUAACUAGAUUCACCAUGUUGUUGUGGCGCGCAAAAUAAGGAGACGGGAAGAAUCUGUGCUUUAGGGACAUUCACCAAUCAAAGGGAGAUCUGCUGUUUACUCCCAAAAGUGGUAACGGCAAUGCUACACAACAUGUACUGGACUACACAACGCUUGGUGCAGAUGAGAGUGCCCAUAGGUGUCGAUGAGGAACCAUUAUACUGUAUGGACGAUUUUCCUGCAUGGUAAAAAUUUAGUUACUUUUUGACUGUAAUUUUUACAGUUCUUCUCUGCAACAAUUAUACCACACAUGGUUGUUACCAACUGAUCCACAAAUAACUUAAUUUGUUUACUUAUUCAUUAAUCUGUUCAUCCGAUAUUGACUAACCAUUUUCUGUAUUUAUUAUUGUUAGCCUUGACGGUUAAAAAUAAUAAUACAAUUAAAAUGUAUUGUAUAAUUAUAUUUUAAAUUAUAAUAAAGUGCAGCUAUAAGUA